ACUAAAAAUGGGGAACAUGUAUAAGACUCGAGAGGCCGGGAAUGAAUUCGCGACGUUUCCAGUUUUCGUCCUUCCAUCCAUAAAGAAAAAUCCGACGGUUGAAAACGAAUAUAGAAAAGAGAAUAGCGUGUGUUGGGGUUACUAGAGUAUUCCGUCCCCGCCAAGAAUCUACAGGCUCACAUCGAGCCACAAGGCCUCAAACCUGUCGCAUCCAUUGCGCGCCACGUUCUUCAUUCUCCUCUCCCCCAAUUUCCUCUGCCCAAAAACUUCACAACCUAAACUCUUCUGCUUCAUUAAUCGUUUGUUCGAUUUUUGACACCGAAAUCCACACACAUUUAGAGAGAAUUCGUUGGUGGGUACGAAUAGAACUUUCGAACAAGGAAUUGCUUACAGUUUAAUCGGAUAUGAGUUCGACUCUUUCGCGGUUGAUCCAUUCGAGAUCAUCGUUUCCCAAGUUGUAUACGAUGGCCGCUUGUCGGAGUGGAAGACCGUUUUCAACAGAUUCUAAUAAGAUCGAUGAACCGUUCAAGGUUGAGGAAGCUGAAACAGUUAAUGUUCCCCCACCUCCAACUGAGAAGCUGCUGGUGCUGGGUGGAAAUGGAUUUGUGGGCUCUCAUAUCUGUCAAGAAGCUUUAAAUCGUGGUCUUACAGUUGCUAGCCUUAGUAGGUCAGGAAGAUCAUCAAUACGUGAUUCUUGGGCUAACCAUGUAAUUUGGCAUCAAGGAAACCUUCUUUCACCUGAUUCAUUGAAUGAAGCUUUUGAUGGCGUUACAGCUGUUAUCUCUUGCAUUGGUGGUUUUGGCUCUAAUUCUCAAAUGUACAAGAUUAAUGGGACGGCAAAUAUCAAUGCAAUCAGAGUUGCUUCAGAUAAAGGUGUGAAGAGAUUUGUAUACAUCUCUGCGGCUGAUUUUGGCUUGGCUAAUUACUUGCUACAAGGAUAUUAUGAGGGAAAGCGAGCAGCUGAGACAGAACUCCUCACUAAAUUUCCUUAUGGAGGAGUGAUUUUGAGGCCGGGAUUUAUUUAUGGGACCCGUAAUGUUGGGAGCAUGAAGUUGCCUCUGGGAGUAAUUGGUUCUCCUUUGGAAAUGGUUCUUCAACACGCCAAACCACUACACCAGCUACCACUCAUUGGUCCCCUAUUUACUCCUCCGGUAAGUGUGACAUCUGUGGCGAGGGUUUCUGUUCGGGCAGCAACAGAUCCCGUCUUUCCCCCUGGCAUCAUUGACAUCUAUGGUAUACAAAGAUACAGUCAACACAAGUCGAAAUAGAUUUGAUAAGAGACGUAAAGACACGAACAUUUUCUGUCCUUAUGGCAUAUAUAAAUAUAUUAGAGAAAAUCCAAAUCUAAAUGUCGGUUGUGUCUUCUCACUUGAUGGGAUUUACUUUGACAGUUUGUGUAGUGGGUUGAAGAUGAAAGACGGUUCAUUUUCAUGUAUCUGGUGCCAAUAAUAUCGUGCAGAGAUCUGCAAAUUCUUUUGAUAA